AAAAUCCAUUCCCCACAAAACACAAACACAAAACACACAGACACAAGUCUUCGCGUUCUUACGGUCCAAGUCUUCGCUAAAUCAAGCUUAGAAAAUUUUGGCCAUUCCUUCUUUGACCCGCUCCUUCAAAUUUCCCUUUUUCUCUCUCCCAAAAUUCACAACCACAAUAUCAUCGCAACAAAAGAACUCAGCUCAAAAGAGGCAAGGCUUCAUGGGUUUUCCUCAUAUGGGUUGUUCAAAUUACCAGGUUAUGUUGUUAGGAGGGUUGUUUUAGUUACUACGAAAGUUUGGGUUUUGUGCUGUGGCUUGAAUUUGGAUACCAAUUUUGAGUAUUUUGGAGUAGUUUUCUAAUUAAAAAGAUUGGAUUUUUAGGAUCCUUGGUUGAAGAUGGUUCUUAGUAUUGUUUUUGGGUUCUUGGUGCUGAUUAGUAGUUUUGGAACCGCAUAUGGGACUGAUACUGAUAUCUUCUGCUUGAAGAGUAUCAAGGGAUCCCUUGAAGACCCUUACAAUUAUUUGCAAUCUUGGACUUUCAAUGACAAAACCGAAGGGUUUAUAUGUAAAUUCAUUGGGGUUGAGUGUUGGCACCCUGAUGAGAACAGGGUCUUGAAUCUCAAUCUCUCAAAUAUGGGGCUAACGGGUCAGUUUCCCCGUGCCAUUCGGAACUGCUCGAGUUUGACAGGGUUGGAUCUUUCAAUCAACAAGCUAUCUGGAACGAUUCCGGCGGAUAUAUCCUCUCUUCUGACUUAUGUGGUCACUCUUGAUCUGUCAUCAAAUGAAUUCUCCGGCACAAUACCCAAAAGCCUUGCGAAUUGUACCUAUCUUAAUAUCCUUAAACUUGAUUCUAAUAGGCUUACUGGUCAAAUUCCUGGACAAUUCGCCAGCCUCGGACGGCUCAAGACAUUCAAUGUAACUAACAAUCUUUUGUCCGGGCGAGUUCCAAACUUUAAUUAUACUAAAGUGAGGGCUUCAUAUGGAAACAAUCGGGGCCUAUGUGGAGGACCUAACUUGAGACCUUGUCAGGCCCAGCCUUCCAAAAGUAACACUGCGGUCAUAGCCGGAGCAGCCGGUUAAAUAUAACUUUUUUGUAUUUGAUUGUUUUUUUUGUUCUGUUUAAUUUUUGUUAAAAAAAUUUGGUGAAUGUUAUAGUGCCUAAAUCAUGAUGUCAAAUUUAUUAAAAAAGACAAAAAAAUAAUAUUUAAUAAAUUUUUAAAUAUUUUAGUUUUA